CACUCCCCUCCUUCUCUCUUCCAUUUUUCACUCAUCACUUCACUUCACUCGGUUCGGCUCUGUCAAAUCAAAUCUCUCUCCAUCUCAGCUCCCAGCUCUCAACAAUGGCGCCGCAGCCGCUCUCUCCGGCCACCCUCUUCCUCGUCCUCCUCUCCCUCUGCUCCUCCUUCCUUCUCCUGGCCGAGUCCAGGCUCACCACCGACUACUACUCCAAGUCCUGCCCCAGAUUCGCCGAUAUCGUCCGAGACGCCGUCACCAACAAGCAGAUCACCAAUCCCACAACCGCCGCCGCCACCCUCCGCGUCUUCUUCCACGAUUGCCUCCCCAACGGCUGCGACGGCUCCAUCCUCCUAUCCCCUACCCCAUUCAACCCAUCCCCCGAGCGCACCUCCGACAUCAACCUCUCCCUCCCCGGCGACGCCUUCGACCUCCUCGUCCGCGCCAAGACCGCCCUCGAGCUCGCAUGCCCUGGCACCGUCUCCUGCUCCGACAUCCUUGCCGCCGCCACUCGCGACCUCGUCACCAUGGUCGGCGGCCCGCACUACAACGUUUACCUCGGCCGCCGCGACACCCGCGUCUCCAAGGCCUCCCUCGUCGACUCCUUCCUCCCCCGGCCCAACAUGACGGUCUCCCAGCUCAUCAGCCUCUUCGCCUCCCGGGGCUUCUCCGUCCAGGAUAUGGUGGCCCUCACUGGCGCCCACACCAUCGGGUUCUCCCACUGCAAGGAGUUCUCCGCCGGGAUUUACAACUACAGCAGGUCCUCCGGCUACGACCCGAGCUACAACCCCCGGUUCGCUCAGGGCCUCCAAGGGGCCUGCUCCAACUACAGGAAGGAUCCCACAUUGUCCGUCUUCAACGACAUCAUGUCCCCGAACAAGUUCGACAACCUGUACUACCAGAAUCUCCCCAAGGGCCUUGGCCUCUUGGCCUCAGACCGGGCGCUCCACAUCGACCCGAGGACGAGGCCAUUCGUGGCGGCCUACGCCGCGGAUCAGAACAGGUUCUUCCGGGAUUUCGCCGCUGCAAUGCAGAAGCUCAGUCUCUACGGGAUCAAGACCGGCCGGAGGGGAGAGAUUCGGCGGAGAUGUGAUGCCGUCAAUUGAUUUGGAACUUAAAAGGGUAUGUGAUUUUUCCAUCUUUUAAUCAAAAUUUCGGCUGCGCUGUUCUGGAUCGACCCUGAAAUUUGAGCUGAAGCUGAGGAAAGCAGAGAAGGGGAGUGAUACUUAAAUUGCCAUUAAUUCUUUCUUUCUUUCUGGGGUUGAGAGAUGAAGUGGAGAUAGAUUAGAUAUAAUAUGGUGAGAUGAUGAUGUAUACGAAGUGUCUGUACUAGCAAGUGAAAGAUAAAAAAUAAAGAUCUAUAUGGCCAAAUCCAAUCGAUUUUGCUUUCUGGGUUUCGAUUGCCUUGUUCUGAUUCAA